AUGAGAAAUGUAAAUUACGCUUCAAAUGCUUUGUGUUUUAUGAAGAUGCCGCUGCAGCGAGGUUUUAUUCACACCUCAUUUUUGGAAUGCGUGAGCCGAAGGGUGCACAAAGCAGAUCGCAUAGAGUUCUUGGCUACUUAUGUAUCUAUCAUUUUGCUGCUGACACCCACCUUAUCAGCAGAUCGUGACUGCGUCGUGACGAAACCGAAUGAACAAUGCUCAUUCAACAUUUUUUCUGUGUUGCGUAGGCACUUUUAUGUGCUCAGAUCGAAACGUGGACUGCACGAUUGUAUCGAGGAACAGCUGCUAAUUAUGUGA